AGAGUGUUGUGUGUUUGAUGACUGCCCCUACAAAAGAUACAUCUGACACGAAUGAUGAGACCUUUAUAUUUUCUGUGGAGCGCUCGGACCCUGGUGGCGAUAAUGACCAUGAUGAUGGAGGCGAAGUGCAUCACAGACAUAGAGCUUGUAGUGAACUGCUCAUCAACCACAUACCCUGAUGUGAGCUGUUCCACUCCUCCUAAUACUGCGUCUCUGGACCUAUCCCAUAACAAUGUAAAGACUAUAUCAGAGAGCAUGUUCUCUACUUUACAGAAACUACAGAAGCUCUAUCUUCAGUUCAAUCAAAUUAGUUUUGUGAACCCACUGGCAUUUCAAAACAACCCAGUUUUAGAGUACCUGGACAUCUCUCACAAUGACCUACCUGAGAUCUCUGCUUUACCUUUGACACAUCUACCUGCUCUCACAUACCUGGACAUCUCAAACAACGCCUAUGAGGUCAUACAGUUGGCGCCCUCUUUUGGCUCUCUUAAACAUUUGCAGAGGCUGAAGCUGGGUAAUUCACAUGCUGUUUCUAUCCAGAAGAACCCGGUUAAAGUAACUGAAGAACUUGACAUUAAAGAAGUCCAUCUGGUCGCAGGGAAAAUAAAAGAGUAUGAGCCAGGAUCUCUGGAAGCCCUUAAAAACAUGGACUUGGUGACCCUGGAGGCAGAAAACUGUCAGGAAUUUGACAAAAUGUAUUUGAUGCUUAGCGAUAUUUGCAAUUCAACAAAGGCUUUGAAACUAAUGAAAUUGGAUUUGCGGCAAACUAGCGUGGCAUUGUUUAUAAAUGAUACUAUAUUGAAGUCAAAUAUUAAACAACUGAUAUUGCAGGAUCUGUCGGUUAGUGGGGCAUACUGUUCGGUAAUACAGUAUGCCCUGAAAUCAAACCUAGAGGAGGUGAUAAUAGAGGGACUACAUGCAGAGGGAAUAUGCAAUAUUGCUCUAGGAACAUUUGAACGAUGUCAUCUAAAAAAAUUGUCAGUUAAAGACAUUGACAAUGAAGCAUUCUUGAUUUUUGAACCACAACCAACCUUAAAUAAAUUCAUGGAAUGUUUGACAGGUUUAUCUGCCAUACAUAUCGGUGAAAGUUUUUUUCCUUGUCCAAUGUCAGAGAAUUUAAAACACCUGACAACUCUGAAUGUCUCUCAUAAUUAUCUAGAUGACAAAAAUAUGUUCCCACACUGUAAAAUGCCAUUCCCAGCACUGCAGUCUCUUGCAAUCGAUUAUAACCAUUUUGAGCAUCUAGUGAUCUUUGGGAAUAAAAUAAGCCACAUGAAGGAUCUAGCUAACCUCACUGCAAGUCACAACAAAAUUCAUUUGGAGCCACAACCUGGUACUGUAGCCUGGCCCAAAAGCCUCAAGAGAAUGGACCUUGGGUGGAAUCAGCUAUCAGAUGAAGUAUUCUUGUAUCUUCCUGAGACUCUGGAGAUGUUGGACCUGAGCCACAAUUACAUUGACACUGUCACUAACAUCCAGGGAAUGAAGAACCUGGCAGACCUUCGUCUCUCAGGCAACAGAAUCAAGUCUUUGAAUGGCCUACGCCUACCUCCCUCAGUGCUACGGCUGUACGUGGACCUAAACAACAUAACCACUCUCAGCACUGCCACUGUCAGUUCAUUCAGUGUAACUGCACUUGACUUCAGCGGUAACCCACUCCAUUGUGACUGUGACACUGAGCCUUUGAUCAGGUACUGCAGGGCCAUGUCAGAAACCAAGGUCCUUGGUUGGCCCUCAGGUUAUAGAUGCCAGACACCUGAAAGUCUGAGAGGAGAGACGCUCCAGCAGAUAAGUCUACCCUGGCCAUCAUGCAAUAGGGCGGCAUUUGCUUGCAUAAUUAUUUGUUGCUGCCUUUCUUUAUCAGCACUCUGCUACAUACUGUAUUUAAAGCUACGGAAACGAAGCGCUUACAGCACUCUUAGCGCACUCAGGAACAGGAACAGGAACCAAGGCCACACAUAAUAUUUACAUGUCACAGACAGCGCACUUCAAAGUGCACAUUGACAUGUUUGGCUCCUUCAUAUGAAUAAAAUCUCUAUAAUCCUU